GUUAUGAUGCUGAAGUUAACAGCUUAGAAUUGCAUCAGUUUAAAGGAAUACACAAUUAAAUGCGCGUUGCAUUGCCGCUUUGAAAUAGUCGUCCAGCUUCGCGAGCAAAAUGUGGGGCCAGCUUAACAACCUGACCAAGCUGGUUACAGAGCAGGCUGGUUCCGUGAUAGAGAAGGCGGGCCUGGAUGCCACAGCCCUGAAUACCGCCAAGCAGCAGUUGACGGGUCAGCUCGGUAAAAUCGCUGAAUCUGUGCUGGUUAUUGAGCCGGGGAAGACGCCGGAUGCGACCAGGCACGGUGGCGAAUCGAGCUUGCCGCUGAGCACGACUGGCUCAGCCACUGAGGGCACGGCGCUGGGACAGCUUCAGGGGGAGAAUGCGUCCCUGCAGCGGCGACUGGCAGCGCUUGAGGAGGCGGCCUCCGACGCGCUGGGCGAGCUGGAGGACGCCAAGGAGGAGCUGGGUCGGGAGCGGGCGGCGCGCAGUGCGGCGGAGUCGCGGCUGGAGGCGGUGCAGGAGGAGCUGGAGCGAGUUCUGGCAGAGCAGCGCAGCAGCAGCGGCAGCGGGGCAGGGGCGGGGGGAACUGCAAGUGGCGAUGUUGCAGACGAGGUCGCAAAGCUGAAGGAAGCGCUGGAGGCGGCUCAGGCGCACGGCAAAGCCAUGGAGACCAAGGGUCGCAAGCAGUAUUCGCUGCUCAUGUCCACCAAGCAGCAACUAACGGAGCUGCAGGCAGCGCACGACCAGCUGGCGGCGCGCAAUGAGGAGCUGGCGGCGGAGGUGGAGCAGCUGCGGGAGGCGGCGGCGGCGGCGGAGGAGCGGCUGGCGGAGCAGGCGGAGGUGGACCGGUCGCUGCGCGCGGCAGCCAAGGGGCUGCAGGCGCAGGUGGCGGAGCUGAGCUCCCGCGCGGCUCACAGCGAUGUGGCUGGCGAUGACGGCAGUGCGGCGCAGCACGGCGCGUUGCUCGCGGCGGAGGUGGCGGAGCUAAGGCAGCAGCUGGAGACGGCGGACGCGCGUAUCGCCGCUCUGGAGGCGGACCUGGCCGCGGCGGAGGCAACGGCGGAGGCCGCGAAGGCGGGCGCGAUAGGCCAGGUGGACGCGGGCGAGCAGCUGGAGCAGCUGCGUGGCGAGCUGGCGGCGGCCAAUGCGGCGGUGCAGCAGGCCGAGUCAGCUGCAACAAAGGCGGCCGCUGAGGUGGCGCGCCUGACCGCUGAGCUGGAGCAGCAGCAGCAGCGGCAUCAGGAACAGCAGGCGGAGCAGGCGAGUGCCCGCAUGGGUGAGCUCUGGUCUCAGCUGUCCACAGCCACCAAGCAGGCGGAUGCGCUACAGGCGGAGGCCGCCGCGCUGCGGUCCGAGCUGGCGGAGGCGCGGCAGGCGCUUGAGGAGCGGAGCGCGGCGGCCGUGGCAGCGGCGCGGCGGGCAGAGGCGGUGCAAGCGGCGCAGGUGGCGCAGGCGGCGCAGGCGGCGGCGGCUCAGGCUGCGCUGAAGGAAGACGCGGAGCGAGCGGCGGAGGCACGGGACGCGGAGGAGGCGCGGCACCGGCGGCAAGUGGAGGAGCUGAGUGAAAGCAUUGAGGAAUUGCAGAAACAGCUCAGUACCAAGUCUCGUGCCGCCGACGACAGCGCCGCACUGGCGCACCGGCUGAUGGCCAGCGUAGGCCAGCUGCAUACCGCCUUCACAGUGUACGAGUCGGUGCGCGCGGCCCCAGCCGCCGCGACCGCCGCCGCCGCCAGCCCCUUUGACCAGUUGCUGGAUGAGCUGGACCGCCUGCGGGAGCAGCAGGCCGCAGACGUGGGUGCAGGGACGGAGGGAGCCGCGGACGCGGACGGCGGCUGUGCCUCGCCAGAGCCGGUGUCGCCUCCCUCCAGCUCCAGCGCGCAGAAGAAGGGCGGCAAGCAGGGCGGGAGUGGAGGCGGUGCGCCGGCGCCGGUGUCAGCGGGGCGGCGGCGUAGCAGCAGCAACGGCGUGGCGGCGCCGGACGCGGCAGAGCUGGCGGCGCUGCAGCAGGAGCUGUCGCGGCUGCGGUCCGAGCUGGCUGCGGCGCGAGUAGCGGGUGACGCGGCGGCGCAGCUGCGCGGCCAGCUCACGGCGCGGGAGCAGGAGCUCUUUGAGGCGCGGCAGCGGCUGCAGGCGGCGGAGGCGGAGCGCUGCGGCGCAGAGGAGCGGGCGCAUAAGCUGCAGGCGCAGCUGCGGGAGGCGCGGGAGGCUGGCGAUACCGUCAGCGCUGAAGCGGGCGAGCGGCGGCGGAGGGUGGAGGCGCUCGAGACGUCGCUUGCCGCCGCGGAGGCCCGGGCUACGAAGCUCGAGGAAGCCGCAGCUGCGGCCGCGGCGGAGGCUGCAGAGGCUGCCAAGGCUCUUGAAGCUCGGCUGCAGGCGGCGGAGGCGGCGGCGAAGCGGGCGGAGGAGGCGCUUGAAGAGGCGCGCGCGGCGGGUGCCGCCAGCUCGGCGGCGGCCGCGGCGGGAAGCGAAGCGGCAGCGUUGGCGGCGGCGCUGGAAGCGGACAAGUCGCGGCUGGAGGCGGAGGCGCAGCGGCUGGCGGCGGAGGUUGACCAGUUGCAGCAGGCGGUGGACCGCGGGGCGGAGGCGCUGGCGGCGGCACACAAGGCGGCGGCGGCCGCUGAGGCCGGGCGGGAAGAGGCCGUGGCGACGGCAACUGCGCUGGAGGCGCGGGUCGCGGAGCUCACCUCGCAGCUGUCGGAGCUCGGCAAGCGGUUGGAGGGCGGCGGUGAGGCCUCCAAGGCGCACGCGGCGGCGCUGGCGGCGGCAAACAAGUCCGCCACGGAGCUCCAGAGCCGCGUCACAGAGCUGGAGGCGGCGCUGGCGACCAAGUCCACGGCGCUUCAGGCCUCGGAGCGCUCGUUGGCGUCCGUCAAGGCCGAGCUGCGCGACAUGCGCACCGAGCUGGAGGCCUCGCAGAAGGCGGCGGCGGACGCCCGGGCACAAGGUGACAAGCUGGAGAAGGAGCUCGCGCACAAGACCUCGGCACUGGACGCCGUUCGCACCGGCUCGCAGGCGGAGGUGGCGGUGGCGGCGCAGCGGCUGACCGCCAUCUCGGCUCGCGUGUCGGAGCUGGAGGCGGCGCUGGCCGCCGCCACCAGCAGCCACCAGGAGGCGCUGACGGCACUGCAGCACAAGCUGACGGCGAUGGAGAAGGAGGCGGUGGCGGCGCGCACCUCGGCGCGGCAGCUGGAGCAGCAGGUGGCGGUGUUGCGCGACAGCCUCACCGCGGAGAGGGACGCGGCGGCGGCCACGGCGGCCGUGGUCAAGUCCGAGUGCGAGGCCAAGAUGGCGGCGGAGCUGGCGUCCGCAUCCGCCGCCGCCGUCAAGCAGUGGCAGGCGCGGCUGGAGGAGGCGGCGCAGCGGCACGCCACCGCGCUGCAGGAGACGCAAGCCGAGCUGGAGGCGCUGCGCACUCGCGCCACGGCGGCGGAGGAGGAGCUGGCGGGUCUCAAGGCCGCCAGCGGGGACAUGGACCGACUGCGGCAAAAGGUGGCGGACUUCGGGCCACUCAUCUCGCGACUGGAGUCAGACAAGGCCGCUGCCAAGGCGGCGGCGACGGAGGCGGUGGCCGCCAAAGACGCUCUGGAAGAGCGCGUGCGGACCAUGGAGGCUGAGGCGGCGGAGCGCAACCGCAAGUUCCAAAUGCUGCAGCGCUCCUUUAAGGGCGACGCAGAGGCCACCAAGACGCAGCUGGAGGCAGUGCGGGCGCAGAUCGCGUCCCACGUGGCGGCGGCCGCGGCGGCAGAGCAGCGCGCUGACGAGGCCGCGGCACGCGCGGAGGCCGCGGAGGCCGAGCGCGAGGCGCUGGCGCAGCAGCUGCUGGACGCCAAGGCGGCGGCGGCGCGGUUGGAGGCGGCGCUGGCGGCGCAGAUGGCGGCGGCGGCGGAGGCGGCGGCCAAGCUGGCCUCGGCGGAGGCGGUGCUGGCGGAGGAGCGGGCGGGCCGGGCGGCGGCGGCCAGCAAUGGGGAGUCGCUGCAGCACGACUUUGACCGGCUGGUGGCAGCAGCUGUGGCCGCGCGUGAGGAGGAGGCGGAGCGGCAGGUCGCCGCGGCGCUGCAGCGGGAGCAGGCGGCGCUGGCGGAGGCGCGCGCGGCCGAGGCGCGGGCCGAGGCGGCGGAGGUUGCAAAGAUCGAGCUGACGCUGGCGCUGGCCCGCGUGGACGAGUCGGGGCCCAGCGGGCUCGGAGCUAUGGCCUCCUUCGGUCGCGGCGCCAGUGUUUCCGUGCCAAACGAGAUGUCGUCAAGCAGCGGCGGCGCGGCGGGCGAGGGCGGGAUGGCGGGUCUGGGCAGCGCAGCCGCUGCAGCGCAAGAGCGGCGCAUUGCACGUCAGGCGGAGUUGCUUGACGAUAUGCAGCGGCGGCUGGAGGAGGCGGAGCUGGCGGCGGCGGUGCAGACGCGGCGGGCGGUGUCGGCGGAGGGUGACUUGGCGCUGAUGAAGGAGCAGUUGGCGGACGCCCAGCGGCAGGUCAAGGAGCUGAGCUGGCAGAUCAAGGUGGCGUUUGGCGGGGGCGGCGCCGCCACCAUUGGCGGCAAGCAGGGCGGCCCGGGCGGCGCGGGCGGUGCAGGCGGCGGCGGCGGCGGGGGCGCCAUGGGCAUGCUCGACAUCCUGGGCUGCGGCGCAAACUACCGCCGCAACUGAGCGAGGGGUGGAGCGCAGCCGUGGUAGCAGGCGCGUGGUUCAGUGUCUGUGUGGUUGGUGCAAGGUGACUUGAGGAGCCCGGCACUGAGCUUCAAUACGCUAUGCCUGAUAGGACGCAUGGGUUUGGAUGCACACGUGUGCUGGCGCAGUGUGGUUGCUGGUCAGCCCUGCGCUAGGUUUUUGGGGUAGAUGGGUGCAUGUACAUGGGGCUGUGCGGCCCGCCCGCGUGAUCUCGGUGGUAGGCAGGAUGCAAGCUGGCGGCAGGGUGCGAGCAAGUACCAGUGGUGAUACUGAACUCGAAAUGAUUGGAUGAUGUUCUCUGGGAAGGCGACAAGCAAAGAGCGCCGGCUAAGGCCAGCAGCCCAGGUACAGGACAGAACCGUGGGACAGAACCCACAAGUACGUUUCUACCGAUCACGGUCUGGAAGCGCAGUGAAGAAGGUCAUGAGUUCUUUCCCGCCUCCCAACGGCUAUACCUGCAUGAUUUGUAUGCAACCUUCUGAGGUUCACAGCCCUUG